AUGAGCUUUGCUCCACCCUUCCAAGGUCAGCAGAAUAUGGACGACGGUUCUGCUGCUGGUUCUGUUGGCAUGCCGCCUCAGCAACCUCAAGUCGGUCAGCCGAUUGAGAGCGCCGCUGGUCAAUUCCCUGGCGCUCCCAACAUGACUCCUACUGGACCCGGUGCGGAAGGCAACCCGGUUGCCGAUGGCAAAACCACUCUCUGGAUGGGCGAACUUGAACCAUGGAUUGAUGAGAGCUUCGUGCGUAGCUUGUGGUUCGGCAUGGGCGAGCAGGUCAAUGUCAAGAUGAUCCGCGACAAGUUCUCGGGCAGCAACGCGGGCUAUUGCUUCGUCGACUUUACCAGCCCCGAAGCUGCGGCCAAGGCCUUGUCCUUGAACGGCACUGUCAUCCCCAACUCCAACCGGACCUUCAAGCUCAACUGGGCCUCUGGUGGCGGUCUUGCCGAUCGCAGGGAUGACCGCAGCCCCGAGUACUCCAUCUUCGUCGGUGAUCUCGGCCCGGAAGUCAACGAAUACUCGCUCUUCCAAAUCUUCCAGCAGAAGUAUCCUUCUUGCAAGUCCGCGAAAAUCAUGACCGACCCCAUCACCGGCUCGUCGCGCGGUUACGGCUUCGUUCGCUUCUCUGACCCCAAGCAUCAGCAGAGCGCGCUCACCGAGAUGCAAGGCGUCUUCUGCGGCAAUCGACCCAUGCGCAUCUCUACCGCCACCCCCAAGAACAAGGGCGGUCCUGCUGCGCCUGGUCCUGGCGGUCCCGGUGGUCCCGGCGGUCCCGGAGGUCCACCCAUGGGAAUGCAAGGCGGUCCCGUCGGCAUGUACCAGAUGGGUGCCCCGCCUAUGGGAUACUACGGAGCUCCUCAGCCGAUGAACCAGUUCACCGAUCCCAAUAACACCACCGUUUUCGUCGGCGGCCUUUCGGGAUACGUCACCGAAGAUGAGUUGCGCUCAUUCUUCCAGGGAUUCGGCGAGAUCACCUACGUCAAGAUCCCCCCGGGCAAGGGUUGCGGGUUCGUGCAGUUUGUCCAACGCCACGCGGCCGAGAUGGCGAUCAACCAGAUGCAAGGUUAUCCGAUUGGCAAUUCUCGCGUUCGCCUGAGCUGGGGACGCUCCCAGAACAACAGCGGUCCGGCCGGAACCCCUUACCGUCCGGCACCUCCCCCACCGGUCUAUCCGUCCAUGGGCAUGGCUCCCCAGCAUCCCUAUGGAAGCUUUGCGCCAAUGAAGUAA